AACCCUGUCCACUACCAACUUGACUCCAUGGACUCCUGCUCACUCCAAACAAUCCCUCUCCCUCUCCCUCUCCCUCUCUCUCUCUCUGUGAGCAUCCGCUGAGGAAGAAGCUGUGUUAAUUCGCAGUCUGCCUGCUCAAGAGGAACCAAGAAGCUUUCUGUUUCAAUCCAUAGUUUUUGUUAUGGGAUCAAGAUAACAAGGUUAGUCAUCCUGUUCCCAUCUGUGGUGUCAGCUGAUUUCUUUUGCAAUUUCUUAUCCCAAGCUUCCAUGAGUAAAGCUCAAUAGCCUCAAAUCUUGUUCCCUGCUUCACUGCCUCCCUCCCCCCCACUGGAAGAAAUCUCAAAUUUGAACUUUGCCUCACAGCUCCUCCUCCAGGCUUUCCCUCUUUCUAUUUUUUUCCUUUCCCCAAACUGUCCAGAAGUGUUCAUAGCGAUCGAAUUGAAACUGGGAGUUUGAUCUCAAAGAUCAAACCUUUACUUGUCGUCCUUAGCAAAGUUGAGGAUUUGAUUUCUGGGUGUCAUCUGUUUCCUCGUAUUGAUUUGUGUUUUGGUACUCGAAUCCAUCCGUACUGGUCCUUCUAUGGAGUUGAUGUCUUUCUCAGUAAUCAUCAGAAACCUGUGUUUCUGCGUCCUCCUAUUCUCCCGAACUUGCUUCUCUGGUCGUCAACUUGUUGGCCAGAUUCAGCCCGGAUUCCAAGCUUCUCAGAUGGAGUGGGUGGAUCACAAUGGGAGGUUCUUGCUAUCUAACAAUUCAGCGUUUUCGUUUGGAUUUUACACCGGUGUCGAUGUUACAACCUUUGUGUUGAACGUCAUUCAUAUCAACAGUUCCAAAGUCAUUUGGACUGCUAACAGAAGACGAUUAGUCAGCAGUUCUGAUAAGUUUGUGUUUGACGACAACGGGGAUGUCUACUUGAAAAGCAGGAGUGAUUUGGCCUGGUCGACUGGUACGGCCGGAAAAAAGGUCAGUGCCAUGGAAUUGCUGGAUUCUGGGAACUUGGUGUUGCUUGGGGAGAAUGGGACCAUCCUUUGGCAGAGUUUUAGCAGUCCUACUGAUACUCUUGUGAGUGGUCAGGAAUUUGCAGAAGGGAUGAGGCUCAAAAGUUUCCCAAACCGUAACAAUAUGUCAGUGUAUCUCGACAUUUCGUCGGGCGAUCUGAUCUUGUCUGCCGGAUAUCAAACUCCACAAAUUUAUUGGUCAAUGAAAGGUGACAGCCGUAGAACAAAUGUUAGCAACAGCACCAAUGGCAAUGUUCACUCGGUGGUUUUGGUCACGAACUCAUGGAACUUCUAUGAUCAAAGUAAGACCUUACUUUGGCGAUUUGUCUUCUCCGACAACUCCGAUCCAAAUGCCCUGUGGGCUGCAAUUUUGGGCGCUGAUGGGUCGAUCACGUUUUUUAAUCUUCAAAGGGGGCGAGUCAGUAAUGCGGAAGCUACUCGGAUACCCCAGAAUUCGUGCAGUGUCCCAGAAUAUUGUAACCCCUACGAGGUUUGUUACUUUGACAGUUGGUGUCAAUGCCCUCCCGCUCUCAAUGGCAACUGCGGACCUCAGCCUCUAUCAUCAUGUAACUCGUCUGACAGACUAGUAGAUUUCAAGUACAUAGGAGAGAAGCUUGAUUAUUUUGCACUUGGGUUUGUGACUCCCUCUCUAAAGUCCACCGUGAAUGCUUGUAUAGAAGCUUGCCAAAGCAAUUGCUCUUGUAACGUGCUACUGUUUAAUAGCAGUUCCCGUGAUUGCUUCUUGUUUGACCAGAUAGGAAAUUUUGAAAGAUCUGAUCAGGCUUCGAAUGGUUAUGUUUCAUACAUGAAGAUUUCAAAUACCUCUGGGGCCAAAGGCAGCAAGAAUAAGAAGAAGCGUGAGAUUGCGAUUGCGAUUGCAGUCAUCAUUUUUGCAACUGUUGCAGUCAUUGCCGGUCUAGCUUAUAUUGGAUUCUGGUAUCACCAGAAAAAGACGUCGUUGCUCGACUAUCCCGAAGAAACUCUCGAAGAAGACAAUUUCUGGGACAGUCUUUCCAGUAUGCCUAUCCGCUUCAGUUAUGAUGAUCUGAGUAGAGCGACGAAAAACUUCUCUUCAAAGAUUGGGCAAGGAGGAUUUGGAUCGGUCUACCUGGGUGUUCUCGCUGACGGUACUCAUUUGGCUGUAAAGAAACUGGAGGGUAUAGGCCAGGGAAAGAAAGAGUUCAGAGCUGAAGUUAGUAUUAUAGGGAGCAUCCAUCACGUCCAUUUAGUCAAGCUAAAAGGUUUCUGUGCAGAGGGGGCUCACCGGCUUCUUGUGUAUGAGUUCAUGGGAAAUGGGUCUCUGGACAAAUGGAUAUCCAAGAAAUGUGAGGCCAGUAAGAUUUUGGAUUGGAAUACUAGAUUCAAUAUUGCUGUGGGUACAGCCAAGGGAUUAGCUUAUCUACAUGAAGAGUGUGAAGUCAAGAUCGUCCACUGCGACAUCAAGCCCGAGAAUGUCCUUCUGGAUGAUAAUUUUGCGGCGAAAGUGUCGGACUUUGGUUUGGCCAAGCUAAUGAGCCGGGAAGAGAGCCUUGUGUAUACGACAUUAAGGGGCACAAGGGGUUACUUAGCACCAGAAUGGAUCACAAACAACCCUAUAUCUGAGAAGAGUGAUGUUUACAGCUAUGGAAUGGUGUUGCUUGAGAUCAUCGGAGGCAGGAAAAAUUAUGAUCCUGCGGAAUCUUCUGAAAAAGCCCAUUUUCCUUCUUAUGCCUUCAAAAUGUUGGAAGAAGGAAAGCCAGAGGAAAUUCUAGACUGUAGACUAGAGUUUGACGAAAAUGACGAGAGGAUUGUGGAUGCGAUCAAAGUUGCCCUGUGGUGCAUACAGGAUGAAAUGCAUUUAAGGCCACCAAUGGCUAAAGUGGUUCAAAUGCUCGAGGGCCUUUGCGCCAUUCCUCAUCCCCCGAUUUCCUCUCAGUUUGGCUCUCAGACUAGCUUGAGCUUUUAUAAAUGGAGCAGUGAAGACGGCACUUCAACUGGACCAACGAAUUGGAGUAGUGAUGCAUUUCUCUCAGAAGUUCAGCUGUCCGGUCCUAGGUAAUUUUCAAAUUGGUGAAAAAGCCGGUGACAAAUGAAAGAGAAACAGGUCCUGUUAUCCGUGAUAUAUCAUCGUGAACUACAGUUGUUCAAGUUUUUAGGAUUCGUUUUUGUGUGAUGUAAAACAAUGCCUGGUGAGAAGCAUAGUGUAUGCCCAAUUGAAUUACAAAUUACCUUUAGGUUCUUUUGAAACUGUCCCAUUCGAACAUUAUAAUCCUCUCUUCUGAGAAUUGGUUGAAUGAGCUGCAAUGAUCCUUUCUUGUCUGCCA